AUGAAAUUCUUGACCGUUACACUUGCCUCCCUGGCUACGCUGGCGUUAGCAACACCACCCGGCAUUCCAUCUGGAUCUACUGCCAAGACUCGGCUCGCUACUUUGACUGUUAAAGCAUAUGCAGACGACGGCACUUAUGAUCGCGACCUCUUUCCUCACUGGAAGAGUGUACCUAGCGAGCCUGCAUGCUCUGCUCGCGGUAGUGAAUGGGUUCUCCGUCGUGAUGGCACCAGUGUUGUGGUUGGUAGUGACUGCUACCCCGACUCAGGUAGCUGGACCUGCCCAUACUCUGGCGUAAAGCACACCGUGCCUUCCGACGUCGAUAUCGACCACAUGGUUCCUCUCAAAAAUGCUUGGGUUUCCGGUGCUUCCGAGUGGACAACUGCCGAGAGGCAGGCAUUUGCUAACGACAUUGACGGUCCCCAGCUGUGGGCAACUGAUGGAGACACCAACUCGGCGAAGAGUGAUAAGAGCCCGGAUGCGUGGAAGCCUCCCCUGACCAGUCUCUACUGCAGCUAUGCUGCUGCUUGGGUGCAGGUGAAGUAUUCCUACGACCUUACCAUUACUUCUGCCGAGAAGACUGCACUCACCAGUAUGCUCAACACGUGCUAA